AUGGUAAUUGCUUCGAACCAAAUCUGCGAGAUGCGAGAUUUUCGGCUGACAGCUGGCUUGAUUCAGGACGCCUUCUUGGACUUUAGCCAGCCGAUGAGCUACUCGUACUCUUCCACUAGCAACGACUCGGCGCAGCGCUCCUUCUGCGGAAUGUACCCCGACGAAUUCGAAAUGUACUCCAACGAAUAUGCACGCCUCUACUCGUCGUCGGUUGACUCCAGCAUGAGUCUCGGGUAUCAGUCGUCCGAACAGAUCGACGACCUUGGAACCUCGCUCCCUCUAGAGCAAAGUUGGCAUGACGGUGCUCCCAUCGACUACACGGAGCCUACUCAGUCUUAUGGGAUACCCGUGCCCAAGCCAAACACCGGGUAUGGUAUGCAAAUUCGUUCAGUGCCGCAUGGCGACGAGGUGGUAGCCCCGUCUACUUACCCGAAACCGGGUCGUCAUCAUCCUCAUACCGAGCUUGAGAAGCUAACGCCCAGUUUCUCUCUCUCCCCCUCUCAGGCCAGCAAAACCCUUUACGUGCAACAAUUGCGGGAAGGCCUUCACCCGGGUAGCUGA